GCGGCCGAGCUGGGAGGGCGCCCGCCGGGGGCCGGUCUGCGCGGGGCGGGGGCGCCGGCUCUCCCGGGAGCCGCGGCCGGCGGGGGACGAGCAGCUGUCCGCCCGCUGACUCCUCCAGGGAGCAGUCGAGAGUGCGGCUAGAGCGCCCGCGCGCCGGGACGCUCCGGCAGGCGCCGCGCGCUCCUCUCUGUCGUCGGGUCCGCCUCUCCGGCUGCGCGUGGCACCGCUGCGAGUGGAGCGGUCGUGUGGGCUCCACCAUGAUGAACAGCGGAGGAAUCGGGGUGCCGCUGGGCUUCCCCUUGGGCCCCACGUCGGUUAUCCAGGUCACGAACCUGUCCUCGGCGGUGACCAGUGAGCAGAUGCGAACUCUUUUCGGCUUCCUGGGAGAUAUCGAGGAGCUGCGCCUCUAUCCCCCGGACAACGCACCUCUUGCUUUUUCCUCCAAAGUAUGUUAUAUUAAGUUUCGUGAAGCAUCGAGUGUUGGUGUGGCCCAGCAUCUAACUAACACGGUUUUUAUUGACAGAGCUUUGAUAGUUGUGCCCUGCGCAGAAGGUAAAAUCCCAGAUGAAGCCAAAGCUCUUUCUCUAUUAGCGCCUGCUCCUACCAUGACAAGCCUGAUGCCUGGUGCAGGGUUGCUUCCUAUACCUACACCAACACCUUUGACCACACUCGGUGUUUCACUUGGCACUUUGGGGGCUAUACCAGCAGCAGCACUGGACCCUAACAUUACAGCGCUGGGAGAAAUACCACAACCACCAAUUAUGGGGAAUGUGGAUCCAUCCAAAAUUGAUGAAAUCAGGAGAACAGUCUAUGUUGGAAACUUGAAUUCCCAGACUACAACAGCAGAUCAGCUCCUUGAAUUCUUUAAACAAGUUGGAGAAGUCAAAUUUGUGCGAAUGGCAGGUGAUGAGACGCAACCAACAAGAUUUGCUUUUGUGGAAUUUGCAGACCAAAAUUCUGUACCUCGUGCUCUUGCCUUUAAUGGAGUUAUGUUUGGAGACAGGCCACUGAAAAUAAAUCACUCCAACAAUGCAAUAGUGAAGCCUCCUGAAAUGACACCACAAGCUGCUGCCAAGGAACUGGAAGAAGUGAUGAAGAGAGUAAGGGAAGCCCAGUCUUUCAUAUCUGCUGCUAUUGAGCCAGAGUCUGGAAAGAGCAGUGAAAGAAAAGGCGGUCGAUCUCGUUCCCAUUCACGUUCAGAAUCCAGGUCUAGCUCAAAAUCCCGAUCUAGAAGGAAAAGAUCACACUCAAAACACAGAAGUAGAUCUGGCAACAGAUCUCUCUCAAGACACAAGGACAGACGCAGAUCCAGAAGUCCCCUGAAAAAAAGGUCUAGAUCUAGGGAAAGACGGAAAUCAAGAAGCCGCUCUCAUUCUCGGGACAAGAAAAGAGACAAAGAAAAGGUCAAGGAAAAAGAAAAGGCCAAAGAAAAGGAGAGAGACCGAGACAAGGAGAAGGAGAGAGACCGAGACAAAGACAGGGAAAGAGAGCGAGAUAAAGAUAGAAACAGGGAAAAGGACAGAGAGAGAGAUAAAGAGCGUAACAAGGAUCGAGAGAGAGUCAGAGACAAAGACAGAGAUAGGGACAGGGACAAAGAUAAGGAUAAAGAUAGGGACAGGGAAAAGGAGAAGGAUAAGGAGAAGGAAAGAGACAGGGAAGAGGUAGACCAGAACAAGGAAAAAGAAGAUACUGAGAAAGAAGGAGAGAAAGACAGAGAAAAGAUUAAGGACAAAGAGGGAGAUAAGGACAAAGGAGGGGACAAAGAGAAGGACAGAGACAAAGAAAAGGAAAAAGAUGGGGAUAAGGAGCGAGAAAGAGAAAAAGAAAGAGAUGACAAAAAGAAGAAAGAGAAGAGAUCCAGAACACCCCCAAGAAGCUAUAGCUCCUCAAGAAGAUCUCGUAGCUCCAGCAGAGAGAGGCGUAAAAGGAAGAGUAGAAGUCCCUCCAAGUCUCCUAAAACAUCCAAAACAACAAAAAGAAAGUCUUCACGAACUCCUUCUCCAAGAAGAAACAAGAAAGAAAAAAAGAGAGAAAGAGAUACAAAUAAUGAAAGAAGAGAAAGAGAACGCUCCACCUCCAAGAAAAAAAGUAGUAAAGAAAAAGAAGGAAAGGAGAAAUCUGACAAAAGCACUGCUGCUUUGAAGGACAAAGAUCACACUAAAGAGGAUCAGAAUUUAGAAACUGACAAGGAAGUAGACAACAGAGAUACACAAAGGACAGAUGAAGUCAAACUACAACAGAAUGGGAACUGUCAACCAAAUGAAGAAAACCUGUCAAUUAAAAUGGAAGAGGAUUAAAGCGAAGAAUGGACCUCUGAUUCAACUAAGGAACAAAAUCCAAAGCUUUUUAUUUCCUAGACCGAGGAAGAAAAUGUCAAAGCAAUCAACCCGAACAUGUUGAUAGUACCAGUAGCUCUUCCAGUUCUUGUGAUAGCUUUGUCUUCUUGCUGUAAUGCAAGAGAGCACGGACUAGUUAGUUAUACCAUGAAAAGGCAGAUGCCAUCAGAACUAUUCAUCUCUGAAAAUUCAUGCAUUUCCAUGAUGGCUGUACUUAUUUGUAAAAUGAUUUAUGUUAAGUUUUGCCAUAAGCUGUUACAAAUAAGUAGAAACUGAAAGAUGUAAACCUGUACUACCCAAAAAAAGCUGAAGAUAUGCAUUGAAGGUUGUUUAAAAUACUGCUUAUUGAUUAAUUUUGUAUUGUUUUACCUUGUGAGUUAAAAAAUCCACAAAAACUUCAAUGUGUACUGUUUGAUGUGCUUGGAAAUGGUGCAUAGACACUCUUUUUUUGUAAAUGACAACUGUAGGGUAAGAGUUUUGAACAUAAACAGAGUUUUAUGUUUCUUUCAUUAAAUCCCCAAUGACUAGUAUGUUUUUGAUUUGCUCAAGGCUUGAGAUUCUUGGGGUUUAUUAUUUAAAAUAAUUUCUUACUAAUACCCUAAAAUUAAUAUUUCUUUAAAGUAUUUGAACAAUGCAUGCUACUUUUCCUAAAAGGAACAUUGCCAUGUUAUAGAUAAUAGAUUAACUUCCUGAGUUAUUUUGGGGUUGUUUUGGUUUGUUUUCUUUUGUCCUUCCAGAAGUGUGCACAUCUGUAUGAUAUUAUCAGAAUUUUCAGCUUUGUUUUGAGCUGUACUGCAGUGUGUCUGUUCAGCUGCAAACAGUACAGGUGCCAUUAUGAAAAUAAAUUUUUCUUUUUUGUUUAAAAAAACACGGGAGCACAAGCAGAAAGCUUUAGUGCCUUCUUAAAAUGUGGUAUUUUCUAGAAAUAUACAUGUGUUAUUGCUCAUUUUCAGCUAAAUUUUACAUGAUCUCUAUUGCUAUUUUGCCACCACCAUACUAUAGACAAGAAUGGAAGUGAUUUGUCAGAACGGUUGAUUCACUUGUUAAAAUACUAAAGCUCCAUUUUUGCUUUUCUUAUUUUUAGAAAAUAUUUUAUAGAUCAAAGAUGCAAUUUGGGGACCACCACUGUACAAAAGUAGCUAAAUACAAAGCAUUUUCUGAUCACCUGCAUCAAAGGUAGCCCUUUAGACAUUUAAUCUAUAUUUGGAUGGCCUUAAUUGUUACCUCUCCAUCAUCUGUGAUACCUGUUGGGUGAUAUAAAAGGAAUUGUAUGCAAAAAAUGGGGGAUAAAUAAUUUGUGGAAAAAUAUUUUAGUUUACACAGGUGUUAUAUGGUAGAGAUUCUUUUUUCAUUCUUUGAGGAGAAAGCAUGUAAGACGAGAAUGACAAAGCAAGUAUUUUUGUCAAGGUAAAACAUGGCUUGUGUUCUCUGAACUAAUGUAAUUAGUUACAUGAGAUUUCUUGAGUCAUACCUUUAAAACUGACUUAUACCUAAAAUCAAGUAGAUUAUUUUUAAUACAGUUUAUUACAAUCGAAUUACUUAAUUGCCUUACCUCAUAGGAAGAGUUAUUUCAGUUAAGCAAACUUAAUAGCAUAUUAGCUAUUUGUUUUUCUUUUCCUUUGCAUAGUUAAUUCGGGGUGGGCUGGGGAGCAAGCAUAUUACAGGGAAUGAAAAAUUUGCCCAAUUCCUAAGGUAAUGAAACCCAGUUUGAUUGUGAAGCUGCUUAAUCUCUCUUCAUUUUAUUAGGAUUCAAUGUUCUUGCCACUGUGUAGAUUUAAGACAUAAGAAAUGCUUUACCAUGUAAAGUAUAGACAGUCAUUUUUGUGAUGUUUAAGCCACAUGCUGUUGGCUGGCAAACAGCUUAUUCUGAUAAAAGAAUGACAAAUCUGUAUGCUUACAGGAAGACUGUGAAGUAUAGUGUCUUGCAACAACAGCUGUCUUAUUUAUCAUAUGUAAGUAGCAUAGAGCCGAAGAGAUUGUUUGUAUACUUGUUAUCUUUGGUACCAUUUCACUAAUAAAAUUAAGUAUUUUAGAGGGAAGUUUCUGCUGGUACAUACUUAUUAAAGGAAUAUUUUUAGUUGAUCUGGUCUUACUCACGUAGCUUCUUUGAUUUGAAAUGUGGAUACCAGUGAAAAUAUAUAUGUAUUAUUUAUAAUAUCUUUGAAAAGCUGUUUCUCCUUUGGGAGGGAUUAGAAUUCUUACAGUGUUAACAUGUUUCAGCUGAUAUUAGUUUGAUUUCUUGAGUUCUGUUAUCCUGAAAUUGCAUAGCUCUUCUGUAUCAGUUACAGAAUAUGUAAAGUAUUGUGUACAGUUAGCUAAGAAACAUGCCUUUGGAAAUUAAUAGUUAAGGAUGGCAGCCUUACUAGCUGACUUACCACAUGUUAAAGUCCAUAUGAAGCACAUUGUUAUAUUGUAUGUGAAUUAAUGGUUCCCUUUCAAAAAGGUGGGUUUUUUUUAAGGAAAAAAAAAAAAAAGCAAACCAAAACAACCAACCACCAGACAUAGAUUUCCUCCCCACCUCAAGUCAUAUUUUCUUACAAAUGCUGUAUUUUCUGGUUUUGCUUUGUAAAUACUAUGCAGAUCUGUGGGGUAGUUAAGUACCAUCUGUUCAUAUUGAGUGUUUCACAGUUCCCCUCUUCCUAAAAAGCCACCACUGGAGAACUAAUCUGUAAGAUGUCUGCCUCUGCAGAAGGUAGCUCAUUUUUAAACUGGUAGUGUAGCACAGUAGUGAAGUUCCUGCUUGCUCCAACAGGAUUGUGUGCAUCAUCCUUUAAAUGUGCCCACCUCCCACUGGAAGUCCAUUGCCUUCGUUGUUAAUAAGUUUGCAUGCUGGGCUGCCAUGUCAGAUUGUUUGGUUUUGCACUUUAUAAAUGAGAUUAAAUUGAAUGGAGGUUUUGAGAACAGUGUAGUUCAUGAUAGUUGUAUUGUUCUAAAUGUAAUUUCGUUUGAGUCAGCCUUUAUUUGAAAAUGCUAUGACUUGUAAUUGCUCAGAAAAGUGACGAUACGGUGCUAAGACUAUGUAAAGCAUAUGUACUUAAGCUUCCAUUCGUGACCACAGUUAUUUCACAACAGUGUUUGUGGGGUAAGAUAGGAAUUUUCAUUGGAUUUUGAAGGAAGAAGGUAGCAGAAAACAACUGCUGGUGGAUGAAACAGCAUUCAAAGUUCAAAAUAGCUGUGACUUGGAUAAAUCCGCUAAAGUCAAUAGGUUUAUACAGGUGUGAGGGAUGAAAUUUUGUUUGCAAACACUGACAGCAGUAAUGAAUACUGUUUUUCAUAUUUCAGAUUUAGAAUUAAGAGAGGAAAAAAGCCCUUCAGUUGGAAACUAGAGAAACAUUGGAAGAAUGCCUGAGAGAUCAGUGAGUUGUAGGUUGUGCCUACUCAUUGGUUAACUGAUAGGGGGUUUUUUUUAAUGGCAUUUUCAUGUAAUUACAUCUGUACUAACUUUACAUUAGCUGGCUAACAGCAGCCCUAUGCACUGCUUGGAUUCUGUAAUGAGCUGUGACCACCUGAGUGUGUAGUCUUUAGCAAGCUUGCAAAGUGUUCUCUGGCCUAGUUACAUCUAAGUCAAUACCCGAAAUUACUUUGAAUCUCUGCCAAUCUGCUUGUUACAUGGUAGCUUCUCUGUGUUGCCCUUAGAUUGUACUGGUAUUUUCUAAUAGUAGAUUAGGGAUUUCUGUGAUUUUCUUUUGGUCUAAGACAGAGAGUAAGUAAAGGCUGCUUUGUAUAAUAGAAAGUAUUGUAUACUUCAUACCUGUCUGUAUUACUGUGUUAUUUUUUUCGUUCACGUGUAUGACCGUUGCAAGCAGUAAUGCCAUAGUGAUGUAUCUUCUACUUUUAGGUCUGAAGCAUUUCUGCAUCCCUGUCUUUUUGUUAGUUUGUAAUGAAACAGGUUAGAGUUCAGCUGUUUUCAUUUUGCUAACCACUCACUUAGAGGACAAAAAA